GAAAUGGGGACAGAGUAGGGCUUGGAGGGCAUUGCUGCCUGGGGGAGAAUACAAGGGGAUUAGUGCUUGGAGGGGAAUGGAGUCUGUAUAUAGGGUUGGGGGGAUUGGGAAUAUCAGGGCCUGUGGAAUGAGGGGGGUUGGAGUGGGGCUGCGUGGCACAGGUGUGGACUGGGGUUUCUGGAGACUGGAAGGGGAUGAGGGGUCUGGGUGGUCCUAUGAGGAGUGUGGAGUGGGGCAGCAAGAUCUGGGGGUGGAAUAUGAAGCUGUACUCGCUGUCCUCCCCCUGCACCCUGUGCCGCCCAGUGCUGGCAAUGCUGUGCAUGCCACGUGGCUACAGUGGGGCUUCUCUGGGAGACUCAGGGAAGGACAUGCUGGAGAUCCCGCUGCCUCCCUGGAAGGAGCGCCCCAAUGAGCCGCUGCCCACCAAGAGAGCACGUCUGCUGUAUGAGAGCAGGAAGAGGGGCAUGCUUGAGAACUGCAUCUUGCUCAGCCUUUUUGCCAAGGAGAACCUGAGCCGUAUGGAUGAGCGGCAGCUGAACCUCUAUGACCGGCUCAUCAACGAGCCCAGCAAUGACUGGGACAUCUACUACUGGGCCACAGAAGCCAAGCCCACGCCGGCCGUGUUUGACAACGAGGUGAUGGCCAUGCUGAAAGAGCUUGCUAAGAACAAGAAGAAGGAGCAGAGGCUACGGCAGCCGGACCUCGAGUACCUCUUUGAGUCCACAAACUGACAGCUCCUCCCUUAGGGCACGACAAAUAAAGCUGUGGCUGCUAGCUCCUGA